CUCGGUGGCUGGGAGCGCGGCGCGGGGCGAACGCGGAGCGAGCGGCCGCGAUUGUGAGAUGGGGACUGAGCACGCGGAAGUAAUCCCCAAGGAGGAGGCUUCUGAAGACCCCGAGCCACACGCGGCCACGUCGGAGAAAUUUCCCCAGGUGGUUUGCCGGGGCCGGGAGUUGGGAGCCGCCCGGGCGGAGGACGCGGUGGUGAGGCGUUCGGGAGCGUCCGCGGACGGGAGCGCACAGCGGGCGUCCCUUCGCGGGAAAGGCCUCGUGUCGGGGCCGGCCUUCUGUAAGAGGUCCCCGUCGGGUGAGGAGUCCGGGGACAGCGACGAGAGCGAGCACGUCCGGGGUCCUGGCCCGCACCCGCUGGUGCCCCGGACCACGCCCUGUACCAGCCCCGCCGAGAGGGCUGCGGCACCCGGGGCGCAGAGAAGUCCGGUGGGAGGAAAGCCUCACGCGUGCAAAGAGUGCGGGAAGGCCUUCAACCAGAACUCGCAUCUCCUGCAGCACCUGCGCGUGCACAGCGGGGAGAAGCCGUUUGGCUGCGAGGAGUGCGGGAAGGCGUUCGGGACCAACUCGAGCCUGCGGCGGCACCUGCGCAUCCACGCGGGCGAGAAGCCGUUCGCCUGCGGCGAGUGCGGCAAGGCCUUCAUCCAGAGCUCGCACCUCGUGCACCACCACCGCGUCCAUACCGGCGAGCGGCCCUACAAGUGCGGCGAGUGCGGCAAGGCCUUCAGCCAGAACUCGGCGCUCGCCCUGCACCAGCGCAUCCACACGGGCGAGAAGCCGUACGCGUGCGGCGAGUGCGGCAAGACCUUCCGCGUCAGCUCGCAGCUCAUCCAGCACCAGCGCAUUCACACGGACGAGCGCUACCACGAGUGCGGCGAGUGUGGCAAGGCCUUCAAGCACAGCUCGGGCCUUAUCCGCCACCAGAAGAUCCACACCGGCGAGAAGCCCUAUCUGUGCGGCCAGUGCGGUAAGGGCUUCGGCCAGAGCUCCGAGCUCAUCCGCCACCAGAGGAUCCACACGGGGGACAAACCGUACGAGUGCCGCGAGUGCGGCAAAACCUUCGGCCAGAAUUCGGAGAUUGUCCGGCAUAUCCGCAUCCACACGGGCGAGAAGCCGUACGUGUGCGCGCAGUGCGGGAAGGCCUUCCGGGGCAACUCGGAGCUGCUGCGGCACGAAAGGAUCCACACCGGCGAGAAGCCCUACGAGUGCUUCGAGUGUGGGAAGGCCUUCCGGCGUACCUCCCACCUCGCGGCGCAUCAGCGGGUCCACGCCGGGGAGAAGCCCCACCAGUGCAGCGAGUGCGCGAGGACCUUCUGGGACAGUUCGGAGCUGCUCCUCCACCAGAAGACCCACGGUGGCGGGAAGCCGUACGCAUGCGGCGAGUGCCAGAGGACCUUCGGACAGCACUCCCAGCUCGUCCUGCACCAGCGGGUCCACACCGGGGAGAAGCCGUACGCGUGCGGGGAGUGCCAGAAGGCCUUCGGCAGGAGCUCCCACCUGCUUCGGCACCAGAGUGUGCACGGCGCCGACUGAGCGCCCGGAGUGGGGCCCCCUCCCUGCGCCGGGCCUGCACACCCUGUGGGAGGACCACACUGCGGUUCGUCAGCCCACACAGUGGUUGGAUAGGAGAGGCUUUUAGGAAUUGUUCCCGGAGAGGUUUCAGGAUCACGAGUUCCACCAUAAAUGCUGUUUCAGGCCUCAGUGUUUCCUCUGUCUGCCUUCGCACCCCCUCCCUGCAUCCCCAAGGGGAUGCCAUCGCCUUCUAGGUCUGUACAGGCCACAUAACCUGGAUUAUUACUAAUCAGGAACUGUGGGGGCCUACUGUUCCGCCACCUUCCAAGAGAGGCAGUGCUGAGUCGUGGAUGAUUUUCCUCUAUGGUGUUAAGAUAAUCGAGCAGAGGACACCCUCCCUGUCCUCCUGCCCGCCACGGAGCCCUGGGACGCUCGAUGGACCUUCUUGCAGCUUUGACAUCUUGCAGACGUGCUGCCGAGGAGCCUUAGACGAUCACAGAGGUGGCGGGAAGCUUGGGGACUCCACACCCGCGGGGCCUCCUUGUUCCUCUGCAGAGUGUGCAGGACGGAGGAGGUGACAGCCACCUCCAGGAUGGCAAGCGAGGCUCUGAGCAUUCUGAGGGGCUGGUGGGUGAUGCCAGGGGCGGGAGGAGGGCAGCGAGCCUGGGCCAUCCAGCAGGGCAGGAACGGCCCAUGGGCAGCUGUGCCGGACGUGGGGGCUAUGCGGAUGGAUGGAUGGCCGGCCGGCUGGCCUCCUAUGUCCCGUGCCAGGACGUCACACAGGGACUACACAGCCUUGCUGUCAGCAGGCACCUGCCCCCACGCUGGGCCAGUUCUCCUGCCCGACCUGGGCCUCACCUUGGAGCCGUCUGCUGUGCGCAGCCCCCUUGUUUCUUCCACACGAGUGUCCUGUGUCCUCCUCGGGUGUGUGCAGGUCCGAGCGUCGGAGGCACCAGGAGGCAGCAGGCCAUGCGCAGCUGGACUCCAGCAGGUAGAGACGGCUCUGACCUUGAGACGAGGGGAGAUGAACUCUGCGAACUCCAGGGUCCAGCUGGCCCCACGGUUCUGGACUUCUUACAUCUAACAGGACACGUCCUCAGUGCUCUGUUUAAUCUCUUUGUCAUGCGUUACUGACUCCUAGUGUUUUCCCGAGUGUUUGCUGUGCCAGGCCCAGUGCCAGACGCCUUCUGUUCUUCCUUUCAUGGCAUCUCUGAUGUGGGUCCCCUGUAAGUGGCUGAGUGGGUUCCAUGUUUGGACCAUAAAAUUCACCUGGUUUCCA